AAUGAGAACUUAAUAGUAACAACCUACAAAGUUUUUUCCAAAAAAAAAAAAUUGAUUCGAUUGCACGCCACCACCUGCACAUGUUCAAACCCGUAUCAGUCUCGCCCCAAUGCCAUCCCCAGAUUUUGACAUGUGAAAAGGAAAUGCGCAAAUGUCUCAGUGAGGGAAGGUCAAAGGUAGACCGAUUAAGUGUUGAAGAGAAGUAAUUAGAUAAGUUAUGUUCCAUGUUCAGCUUUAAUGAGGAUAUGACUUUAUCUAAGAGAGUGUGAAGGUCGUUGAUAAGGUUAGAAGAUCGAUAGUUAACAGAGUGUUGUCGUACUAUUAGCUUGUUCAUGUAAUAUUCGGUUAGGUGAUAGUCUAGAGUAGCGUUUGUUGUUUAGGCAAUUCAUAUAGUCUUUGACUUUUGAUAUAUGUUAUGUGUAAUGUUUAGGUGAUCACACUUUGUUGGUGACGUUACAAUCAUUGAAUAUUUUUAAAAGUGUUGUUUUUCCUUUCCGGUACUACUUUGAUUUGUUUCACCUUGAUUAGCAAAAAGAAUGCAUGUAUUAACUCCUUGUUUGGUACACUUUUUUUAUGCUAUACUCUAUCGUGUAUUCAGGAGUGUACUACUAAUACCAUUGAUUUCUACGUAUUAGUAAUGCAUAUAUUUGCGUGGUUAAAGACUCAAUUAUCAAAAAAAAAAACACUUUUAUGGAGGAUAUUUUAUACCAUUGUAAUGCUUUUCCCUGGAGUUUUUGUCAUUUUGUGUAACAAACAAACUGCAAAACCGUCGGUCCGUUUUUUCCCCCGUGUUUGAGUUGGUUAGUUUCUGCAAAAAAUUCUUCAGUUAUGGAAAUGGAAUACGAAAUCGUAUGUUUUGAUUCAUUCUUCCACUUACCUGCUCCUCUCACUGAAGCUCAAAAACAGGUUUUGGCGUUUCUGGAGUCUGCUUGUGCAGGGGAUGUUGAGCUUUUCAAGAAAUUGGCAAAGGGACUGGAUCAUGAUGGGAAAGGGUUGGCCGCUACGGUGGCGGGUGUAAAGGAUGCUCAGAAAAGAGGGUCAUUGCACUUUGCCGCUGGGGAAGGUAAAAUUGACUUGUGCAAGUACUUGGUAGAUGAUUUGAAGAUGGAUGUCAAUGAAAGAGAUAAAGAAGGUGAGACUCCUGUUCUUAAUGCUGCUAGGCACGGCCACACUGCUACUGUCCAGUACCUCAUAGAUAAGGGUGCAGAACCUGCAAUACUCAGCACCUCAGGGGCAGCUUUGCAUAAUGCUGCAAGAAAUGGACAUAUUGAAUUGGUUAAAUUCUUUCUGUCGAUAGGUGUAGACAUUGAUUUGCAAAGUGAUGUUGGCACACCACUUAUGUGGGCUGUAGGUCACAGACAGAAAGAUGUUGUUAAGGUUUUGCUGGCCAAUUUUAAUCAAGUAGGAGAUGAUGGUAUGUCUCCUCUGCAAGCAGCUGUGGCAGUCGAUUCUUUUCCUUGCGUGGAACUGUUGGUAAAGGCAGGGGCUAAUGUCAAUGUUAUGACUGGCGAAGGAAUGUGGUGUGGUGAAAUGACUCCUUUGCUCGUUGCUGCUCGUAAAGGCAAUGCAGAAAGUGUUAAAUGCUUAUUACAAGCUGGAGCUGAUCCUAAUUUCACUGAUCAGGAUGGUUACAAGCCAAUACAUUAUGCAGCUAGAAGUGACAGUCGGGAGUGUGUUGAAGCUCUAUUGACCGUCACAUCAGAUACUUGGGGUGUUUGCGAAUGGACUGUGGAUGGAGUUAUUGAAUUUAUGAAAUCUGAACAGGGAUUAACAGAAGCUGGCAGGCAAGCAAACAAGCGCCCUAAGAAAGAUUUACCGGAGCUGAGUCCUGAAGCAAAGAAAAAAGCUGCAGAUGCAAAGGCUAAGGGAGACGAGGCAUUUGACAGGAAGGAUUUUGCUGCGGCUAAAGAUGCUUAUACACUGGCAAUCAGUUAUGAUCCAACUGAUGGCACUCUGUUUUCCGGUAGAAGUGAUUGUUGGUUCCACCUGGGGCAAGGUGAAUCUGCCUUAACUGAUGCCAAGGCCUGCAAAAGACUUGGACAAGAUUUGGCAAAGGCUUAUUAUCGGGAAGGUGCAGCUCUACGUCUAUAGAAGAGGUUUGAAGAGGCAGCCAAUGCUUUCUAUAGGGGCAUCCAGAUCGACCCUAAUGAUGAGCUCAUAACAGCUUUACAGUAUGCUUGUUGAGACUCUAAGUUGUUUUGUUUAGCAACUGGAGAUGAUAUAUAUCUCUAGCAUCAAAGAACCUUAUUCUAAUGCAGUAGUUUCUAUAUGAUUGCAGGGAUGCUGUUGCUGAGAGGGAUGCUGAGACUGCUAAAGAAAUUCACGACAUGGGACUAGAAUUAAGUUGUGUCCUACAAGAGUUAGGAAGCACAUAAGGACAGAACCAAGUAGCCACUUCUUUUGCCCUUUUCUUUGGUAGUUGUAUUUUGAUGGUUUGCUCUCUAGUGAUUUGUUCUGCUGCAAUUUAUAGACUUACUAUUUUUGUUAAUCUCAACUUUUCCCUCUUGCCUAAUUUUUCAAAA